AACCAUGCCAGCCCAGGACCACCACAUUCGGCUUCUUAACAUUGGACCUUUGAGAAGUAUUUUUUUGCUAAAAAAGAGAGAGUUUUCCCAUUUUAAUGGAAAUCUAAGUUACUUAAUUGUUACCGAGAAAUUAUUUGAUAUUGAUAUAAAAACGUCUGCAUUUGACAUUUGAUUAAUAUCCAGGCUGGCUUUGUGAUAUUUGGUGCGUGACUGCUUUGCAGACGGCCUGGAACGCGGCCGCCAUUUUUGAGCUGUGAGUUUAGUAGCCAUAGGCUACGUCAGAGUGUCAAAAUGACUGAUGACGGAGGAGGUGGACGAAAUAGACAUAAUGAUUAAUUAUCACGGCGGAUUCUAAAAAAUUGACCGGAAAAACAGCCGUUAUCCUUAUUGUAUCGUUUGGACACCUAUUCCAAUACUGUCGACCCCCCAAUACAGUGCUGUACCUCUGUUUUGUUCAGGUACUUGCUCCCCUUCAUUGGUCACAUGGGGAUCUGUACUUCUGCAGGCGUGAUAAGAGACUUCGCUGGAUCAUACUUAGUGUCUGAAGAUAAUAUGGCCUUUGGAAGAUUAACAAAGUACUGGAAGCUUGAUGUUGAUAAGGUGUGUGGCACUGGCUCAGCUGUCUGGGACAAAGCAGUGCACAAUGCAUCGGAGGAGUACAAAUGCAGGCCGGUAUGAACAUCGACAGUGUCAUAAUAAGACAGACAGGAAGGUCUAGUAGUGGAAUUAUAUUUCCUUCCUAGGUUCUAUUGAACAUCCCUCCCACGUGGCCCGGGCCCUCAACCUCAUGCGUUAGGACAACAGAACGUUCUGGAACAUGGUCAACCUAUGCCUGCAGACCCUUAUCCAUGGCAGGCAUGUCAGGUGAGAUACCAUGCAAUCAUGCAAUGAAGAGGUACUCUACUUUAUGUAACAGAGUAUGCUCAUUUCUGUCCUAACCAAGGCGCGAACACUGAACCUUCUGUACAACAAUACUUGCCACUCACAAAGCAUCCUUCUGACUGACCAAUCACUCUCUAUGUGUGAGUUUCCUCUGGAUCAUUUGACUAACUGGUGUGGAAGGACUAGAAUCAGACAUGCUGAUGAAAUGGGCAGAAUCAAACUAUGGAACACCGGUCUGUAUUGCAAAACAGCAUCACCGAGUCUGAACAAGCAAGCAUGCACCUACCAGCAGGCAACGCUCUGCAGGAGGGACAGAGGAGCUCCAGACACGGGGAAACAUAUGCUGUUAAGAAACCCCCUCAUUAUUCUCCCCCGACCCACAUAGGGAGCUGGAGUCACUGCUUUGUGCAGCAUCCACAUUAUCGUCCGAGGGCACCACGUUCUUAAACAGUGGGGCGCCGUGUAAUUCAUCAUUGCCAGAUGUGGCCCCCUCAUCACCACAUCAACUCUCUGCUGGGGCACCCACUGCUGGAUCGGGGGAGACAGGGGUGGAGGACAGGGAGGAGGACGGGGAGGGAGUGAUGGGAAGGGAGUGGGGUAAACCUCUGGGAGAUAAGGGAGUUGGUCUACCCUCAGUGCCCUGUGUAAAUUACCCUGGCUUCGGGGAAAUUGAACCGACUGCACGUCCUUACCUGUCCCUAUAUACUGCCCUACAAAGGCAAACGCUCAAGCAUUUUUCCAGUCAUAAAGUAAGAAUUGUUUCAUCACAUAGAAUGUUUAUAUCUAAAUAAAAAAUAUUUGACUGUGUAGAUUCUACAAUCUAAAUGUGUUUAUCCAACACUCUUGUUUUUCUGUUUGACUUUGAAUGGUCAUUUAUUUGACUUAGGGGUCAUAGGUCAAAUCAGUGGUCAUGGUUGAAUGCAUAAAAAAUUACGUCAGAAUAAGAUACUACAUCAGUGCAUUAUCACUUAUCUACCUAAAACAUAUUUGUCUGGACAACAAAUUAAACUUUAAAGCCAUUUUUCUCAGUUUCACUGUUGCGUUGAGUUUCACUGCUCUUUGUAUGGCAGGGUGGGUAACUGCAGUCAAAACACGGUGGAACAAAACCAAAGUGCAGUAACUACAAAAUCCAACUCAAACUUUCUAUGAAACAGAACAUAAUUGAUCCAGGUCACUUUGUCACAAGAUAAAACAGAUACUACAAAGCCUGAUUUCAGUCUUAACUCAAUUCUGACCAAAAGUGUAGUUCCUGCAUUUUGCCUUUGUAGUGCAGUAUAGAUUACAAAUGUCUUAAGAGUAUGUGUUUUUGACCAACAGCUGAAAUGUGAAGAUUUAAUGACUGUCAUUCCUGUUCUCUCUCUCUCACUCACUCACACACUCACACACAAAAUACCUGGCUGCCCUUCCUCAUGCUGACUGGAGCCCUUGUCACCUUCAUCCUAACACUCAACCUGCACUGACCACACCAGGGAGCUGGAGGAGUGGAGAGAUAAUACAAGGGAUUUUCCUGCUCGGUUGUAAUCAGAAAAAGUGAAUGAAGAAGAGGAAUGUUCCGAUGGGACACUUCUUUGUGCAGUGCUAAUAUCCGCGCUCUCCGACAUCCAGCAGAAAGCUGUCUCAUGCGGGCAGUUAUGUCCGGUUGUUCUUGCUUGUUUUGAAGUACCUUUUACUCGAUAACAGAAAGGAAUGUGGUAUAAAUGAAUGUUUAGCUUGGGAUAGUCAUAACCAUAAAUAUAGAAGUGAUAUAGCGUCUGCUAAAUGACAAGAAUUUGAACGUAAAUAUAUUGUCUACGGCCAUAAAUUCAUACGGGUCUCUUUUACUGACCCCUGAACCCAAUUUAACCGGUGUAAUAACAGCUCAACAUCAUUUUACUUUGUAAUUAUUUACUGUAUUUUAUCAGACAGUAUUCGUUCAUGCAAUAGUGUAAGUUCUCUGAAGCAACAUGCUCAGGAAUGUUAAUAUACUGUACAGUAAGUAGUACAUAAUCAUGACCAAGCAUUUGAUAGAAUUACAGAAAUGAUGGGGAAUAGGCUGUACCAUAUAGGCUAGUAAAGUUAAAACAAAUUGCUUCGUAAACAACAGGUGUAGACUAACAGUGAAACGCUUCCCAUCAAUGCAGAGAGAAAGAAAAUUUAGAAAUAAUAGAAAAGUAAUAAUAAAUACACAGUAACGCUAACCUUGCUAUAUAUACAUGGGGUAGCAGUACAGAGUCGAUGUGCAGGGGUACGAGGUAAUUAAGGUAGAUAUGUACAUAUAACUAGGAAUAAAGUGACUUGGCAACAGGAUAGAUAAUAAACAGUAGGGUAUGUGAGUCAAAAAAGUUAGUGCAAAAUGGGUCAAUGCAGAUAGUUAACCAAAUAACUACCCAGACUAUUUAGCUAAACUAUUUAACAGUCUUAUGGCUUGGGGUAGAAGCUGUUCAGGGUCCUAUUGGUUCCAGACUUGAUGCAUCGGUACCGCUUGCCUUAUGGUAGCAGAGAGAACAGUCUAUGACUUGGAUGGCUGGAGUCUUUAACUGCCUGUUAUUGAGGGCGGCACGUAGCCUCGAGGUUAGAGCGUUGGGUUCGAAUACCGGAACCACAAGGUGAAAAACAAAUCUGUCGCUGUGCCAUUGAGCAAGUCACUUAACCCUAAUUGCUCCAGGGGCGCUGGACAAUGGCGACCCUGGCCGUGACACCCCACUCCCUGCGGGUCUCAGGGGAGUUAGCAUAUGCCCCCUCCCCCCCAAAAAUAAUUUAUAUAACACACUUGUGUGUAGCAGGACAAAUAUAUGCACCGCCCAAAUUAUUAUAUGUACCGGGCAAUGCGCACUACCCUGUUUUGUGUUGUUAUUUAUUGGAACAAAUAUAAAUAAAUAUACAUAAUAUGCAUAGCCUACUUGUUCAUUGUUUAUAAACUGUUAAAUCAUAUCACACAAAGACACCACAGAGGUCUACUGGUCGACUGUUCUGUGUAGUAUAAUAUUAUUAGCGUCUGUGCCUUUAAAAGACGUUCACUGUUAUUCCUCUCCUUGAUUCUGCGCCGGUAUUUAAACUCAAGCUAACAAUUCGCCGGUCCUGUUGAUCAGCAGAUGAAAUAUCCUUCUCACUCUCACUCAAUGCAGACACAAACCAUUGGGCUAUCCAUUUGGCACCAUCUAAAGAAAGGCUAACACCUCAUACCGGAAUCUGAGUUUUUUUUUACGCCUUGAUGUGCAUGAUACGGCGUAAUAUGACUCACCAUCACCUUCUGCAUAUUCUGGUAUUUAUCAGUUUAUAACUUUUCUGUUGCGUUAUGCAUAAUUUGGUGAUCAUUGUACUUUUUGGUGCGCUACUCUGUGCGCUCCACCAGUGCUUGGAGUGCCCAUCAGGCUGCGGAUGCUUUGCUGACACGCGCACAGUGAAAUGCGUCUCCAAGGACCUUCGCGCCAUACCACAAGAUAUUCCAGGAUACACAAGGAAUGUGAUCAUCACAGGAAAUAAUAUAUUCAGAAUUGGAUCAGAGACGUUUCAAGACCUGAAAAAUGUCACCACCAUCAUUUUGAGCAACAAUAGGAUCACAGAGGUUGCGUCCCACAGCUUCUCUACCCUUUCUUACCUGCGCUCCCUGGACAUGAGCUGCAACAAUCUGGCUCUCAUCCACCCUGAAGCCCUCAACAUCCCAGGGAGUCCUCUAAAGGAGCUUAACCUCAGCCGCUCCCUGUAUAACUACACCUCACUGACUGAUCUCACCACCGCACUGCGCUGGGGAGGCCUAGGUGGGCUGCUCAGCCUAGACCUCUCCGGGAACCGCCUGGUCUUCCUACCCCCAGGGAUGUUCUCCCACCUCCCCAGCCUGCAGCACCUCCUCCUGGGUAACAACUCCCUAGCGUCAGUCUACAACGGCACCUUCUUUGGCCUGCGCCGCCUGGAGCUGCUCGACCUGACCCGCAACUCUUUCGGGAUGUUCGGAAGCGAUGCUCUGGGUGAGCUGGAGAGGCUGGUGCAAGCCCCCCGCAUCCUGCUGAGCCACAACCCCUAUGUCUGCACAUGUGAGAUCCAAGACUUUGCCGUGUGGCUCAAGAGCUCCCGGGCUCAGGUGGGGGAUGCAGAAGCCCUGACCUGCGCCUCACCCUGGGAGUUUCAGGACAGGCCCCUGCAAGGGCUUGGGGUCCAAGUUAUCGGAUGCCAUGUCACUUCACCACCUCUGGUCGGAAUCAGAGACGAGGUGGACAACCUCUCCCUGCAGACCUCCUAUGUCCUCCUGGGUCUGGUGCUGGGCUUUGUGGGCAUGGUCUUCCUCUUUGUGCUCUACCUCAACCGGCAAGGUAUUAAAAAGUGGGUGGUGGAGACGCGAGAUGCCUGCCAUGAAGUGUUGGAGGGGUAUCAACACCGCUAUGAGACCGACACUGACCCACGCCGGGAAUACCUCUCAAAAGACGUCAGAGUCGAAGAGAUGCCACCGACAAACGGUAGUUUUGGACAGGCUCACUCCGAUAACCGCUUAUCACAGCUACCCACUGACACCUGUUUAGUUCAGAUCUCCUCAGACACACAGGUCAAGCCAGGCUCCAUCUCGGUGGAUUUGUGAUUCCUCAUUCCCUGGAAUGGAACUGGACUGGAGUGAACUUGCAUUCAGGGUUGGGUUGGUUACUUUCUAAAUGUAAUCUGUUACAGUUUAGUUACCUGUCCAAAAUUGUAAUCAGUAAUGUAACUUUUGGAUUACCCAAACUCAGUAAUGUAAUCGGAUUACUUCCCCAUUAUUAGAAGUAGACAAAAAAGGAUCAACACACACACGUGGUCUCUGACUUGUGGUCACACUCGCUCAGUUGGAACAAACUUAAACCUGUGCUUUUAUCAAUGCUGAAUUAAAUGUCAUUGAGAAAACAGCAAACAUCCUUUCUGAAUUUGAAAGUAAUCCAACAAGUAAUCAUCUAGUUUUUUUUUCUGUAAUCUGAUUACAAUAUUUUUUUGCUGGUAACAUAACUGAUUACAAGUACAUUUAAAAAAAUCAGAUUACAUAUCAGUUUCUGCCCAACCCUGCUCACAUUUGUGAGGGACUUAUCUGUAUCAUACAUUCCUGUACAAUGUGUUGAAUAUAAUUACAUCACUUAUGUAAGCAUAAAACUGCAGAACAGUUAUGCUAUUUAAUGGAGAGCCUAUUUUAAGUGUGAACAGCCGGGCUCGUUGUACCUGCAUAGCCUUGAUACCUCUUUUACUGUGGCCACAUUUUAACUGACUUGCAUAGAUUUAACCAAGUUGCCAUCUGUCUUUGGUGUUGUAUGUAUUAUUAUAUUAUACUUUGUGGGUCUUAUUGACAUAUCUAGAUGGAACCAAAGCAAUAUUACCUAUCCGAAGGGUCUUGACUGCAAAACUAACCUUGAAUGUCUACUCUUUUGGGAAGAUUGAAUGAUUCCACACUGCACUAGGUCAUCUUUUCGUCCUUAACUGACUUUGUAACCAGUUGUGACCAGGCAAGAAAGAAAGGGCACAUAUUUCCAGAGUGCAGAAAUGAUAUGGUAUUGAAGUGAUAAAACAGGAUCUAGUGUGGUGUAUAAACUAAUGUGCAUAACUUACCAGUGCUAUGUAAGAUAAUUGAAAUGAAACAAUUGUAAAACCCCUUUGUGCUGCUCAAUAAAAAAAUGUUUUCAAAAUGUUAACCAAAUCA